AUGGACACCCCUACUGGUAAGAGAUUUAUCCCUGCUCUUUUUGAUCCUGCAUAUGGUACAACUCUCCAAUCAGUGGUAUUGUACUUGCUUGAUGUUGUUGCUGAUGGUUCUAGGCCUGUUUUAAGAAUAAGUGUUGUUGAGAGGUCUCAAGUUGGUUCUACAUCAGCAGCAGCACCCCCACCCACAGACCCACCACUGCCACAACCGCCAGCCGGUGAAGCUUCAAUGCAACAUGAGAGCAUGGGGGAUCAUUUUAUGGAUAUGGAUGAUCCUGAUAGUAAUGACAAAGAGUGUGAUAGAAAUGAUAGGGGUGAUGGGCAGCCACCAAGUGGUUCACAAAGCAGCCACAACUUCAGUGAUGGAACCGAUUUUUACUGUAGGCAAACAUUUGAGAACAAAGAGUAUUUAAAGGCCAAUAAGUACGACAACUCGGACAGGUUUCGCAUUUACAAGUACGUUGGUGAUCACACUUGCGGGGUUGAACACGUUACGAGCACUCAUAAGCAUGCCUCGACAACUGUCCUUGCAUCAGUCUUGAUAAAUGACUAUAUUGACAACAAAGGGCCAACGACAAAGGAAAUCCAGAGGACGGUUUUCAGGGAGCUCCAUUGUAAACCAAGCUAUUGGCAGUGUUGGAGGGCAGGUGUAACGGCUAAGCACAUGGUUAGGGGUACACCGGAGCACGGGUAUGCUUGCUUACCGACUUAUUCGUACAUGGUUGAAAAUCUAAAUCCAGGUUCCAGAAUUUGCAUUAGUCUUGAUGAUGCAGACAGGUUCAAAUAUUACUUCGUAGAUUACGGAGCUUGCAUUCGAGGAUAUAAACACAUGCGAAAGGUUAUUACCGUUGACGUCACACAUUUAUACGGGAAGUAUGAGGGUGUGUUGUUGUCUGCCGUCGCACAGGAUACUGAGAACCAUAUCUAUCCAAUUGCUUUUUGCGUGACGGACAAGGAGUGUGAUAAAUUCUGGACCUACUUCUUCGAGCAGUUGAGGUAUAUAAUCGCUGAUGAACCAGACUUUUGCAUCGUCUCUGAUAGGCACAAGAGCAUGGCCAACGGUGUUUCCAGAAUUUUUGAGCAUGCUCACCAUGGACUAUGCAUAAAGCAUCUUGGUGAUAACCUUCGAAAAAAUUUCCAAUGUGGAGAUUCUCUUCAUAUGUACUAUGAUGCAGCAAAGGCAUACGGUUUCCAGGAGUUUAAAAAACAUUUUCAAAAAUUAAGGAAUAAAUGCCCCGAAGCUGCUAAUUACCUCAAGUUUGAUAUUGGAUUUGACAAGUGGAGCAGGACAUAUUUUCCAUCAAAUCGGAGGUUUGCUAAAAUAUUCAGGCAGAGACGUGCAGAUAUCAGCAGUUCAAUCAAUUUAUUUGUUCCUUUGGCUGAAAAGACGCUAAGGGAAAAGAUGAAUGAGGGCGACUCCUUGUUUGUCAAUAAUAUAAACGGGGAUACCGACGAGUUCACUGUAGUCGGCAGUGGCCUAACUACCAAAGUCAAUCUACUGAACAAAACAUGCAUUUGUAGAGAGUACGACUUGGUGAAAUUACCGUGCGCUUACGCGUUGGCAGCCUUGAGAUUGAAGUACGGACCUGAUUAUGGUUCAAGCAUCUACGAGUAUUCCUCGCCCAUGUAUAAAGUUCAGUCUUACAUUCUUGCAUUUGGUGAAACUAUUAAUGUAGUCCCUGCAGAUUCAGAAUGGGAAGCCCUAGAGAAGUACACAAACAUGUAUAUUCCUCCACCCCCUUACGACCCCAAACUUGGAAGGAAGAGAGUGAAGUGUAUUCCUGGCGUCGUGGAAUCUUUCAAGUCCAAGGGAAGUAGCAAAGGGACGAGAAACAAGUGCUCGAUUUGCAAGGGGGAUGGUCACAAUAUUGGCUUUAACUGGGGUGUUGGAUAUUCCUAA